CCCUCCUUUCUUGCCCACUCCCAUUGGCAAGCUGCCUCUACCUCUUUUGGGAAAAGAAAACUGAGGGGGUCUAGGGAGGGCGGGGGGCCCGUCAUUCAGCCUUGGACCUGCACUGCCCCCGGCAUCUAGAGGGCAACCAUGUCCGAAGAGAGCUCUGAGGUGCCCAGAGAGUUGACAGAAAGCAUAAAGGAUGUUAUUGGCAGAAAGAUAAAAAUUGCGGUGAAGAAGAAAGUCAAGUUGGAAGUCAAGGGAGAUAAAGUGGAAAACAAAGUACUGGUGCUCACGUCAUGCCGAGCCUUCCUUCUCACAGCACGAAUCCCUACCAAGCUCGAGUUAACAUUCAGCUACUUGGAAAUUCACGGUGUCACCUGCAGCAAGCCAGCUCAGAUGGUUGUGGAAACUGAGAAGUGCAGCAUCUCCAUGAAGAUGGCAUCAUCAGAGGACGUGAUGGAAGUGCUGGCUCAUAUUGGUACCUGCCUCCGCAAGAUAUUUCCUGGCCUUUCUCCAGUGAGGAUCAUGAGAAAAGUCUCAAUGGAGCCAUCUGAGCGCCUGGCCCAUCUCCAGGCUCUGUGGGACAGCCAGACCGUGGCUGAGCAGGGCCCAUGUGGUGGAUUUUCUCAGAUGUAUGCCUGCGUUUGUGACUGGCUUGGAUUUUCGUACAGGGAGGAAGUACAAUGGGAUGUGGAUACGAUUUAUUUGACUCAAGACACCAGAGAAUUGAAUCUUCAAGACUUUAGUCAUCUUGACCACAGGGACCUAAUACCCAUCAUUGCUGCUCUGGAAUAUAAUCAGUGGUUCACAAAGCUGUCCUCAAAGGAUCUAAAACUGUCCAAUGAUGUCUGUGAACAGAUACUGAGGGUGGUGAGUAGGUCCAGUCGACUGGAAGAAUUGGUGUUGGAAAACGCUGGACUUAGAACAGAUUUUGCUCAGAAACUGGCUAGUGCUCUAGCGCAUAAUCCCAACUCAGGACUCCACACGAUUAACCUUGCUGGCAACUCACUGGAGGAUAGAGGUGUGUCCUCUUUAAGUAUUCAGUUUGCCAAACUCCCAAAGGGACUAAAGUAUUUAAAUUUAUCUAAAACCUCAUUAUCACCUAAAGGGGUGAAUAGCCUUUCUCAGUCACUCAGUGCCAACCCAUUGACCGCCACCACCCUCAUCCACCUAGACCUCUCAGGGAAUGUCCUUCGUGGAGAUGACCUCUCGUACAUGUACAGUUUUUUGGCCCAGCCAAAUGCCAUUACUCAUCUGGAUUUAUCCAAUACAGAAUGUUCCCUGGACAUGGUUUGUGGAGCCCUUCUCCGUGGAUGCCUUCAACAUUUAGCUGUGCUCAAUCUCUCCAGGACCGUCUUUUCUCACCGGAAAGGAAAAGAGGUGCCUCCAUCUUUCAAACAGUUUUUUAGUAGCUCCCUGGCUCUGAUGCAAAUCAACCUUUCCGGCACAAAAUUGUCUCCUGAGCCCUUAAAAGCGCUGUUAUUGGGCCUGGCAUGCAAUCAUAGCUUGAAGGGGGUUUCUCUUGAUCUCAGCAACUGCGAGCUGAGAUCAGGAGGUGCACAGGUCUUAGAAGGCUGCAUUGCUGAAAUCCACAACAUCACCAGCUUGGAUAUCUCUGACAAUGGUUUAGAAUCUGAUCUCUCUACCUUAAUAGUGUGGCUCAGUAAAAACAGAUCAAUACAACACCUGGCAUUAGGCAAAAAUUUUAAUAAUAUGAAAUCCAAAAAUCUGACUCCUGUAUUGGAUAACUUAGUACAGAUGAUUCAAGAUGAAGAAUCACCACUACAGUCCUUAUCCCUGGCUGACUCAAAACUCAAGACUGAGGUCACCAUCAUCAUCAAUGCCCUGGGGAGCAACACCUCUCUCACGAAGGUGGACAUCAGUGGAAACGCAAUGGGGGACAUGGGAGCAAAGAUGCUGGCCAAGGCCCUGCAGAUCAACACCAAACUCAGAACUGUAAUUUGGGAUAAGAACAACAUCACUGCUCAAGGCUUUCAAGAUAUAGCUGUGGCUAUGGAAAAGAACUACACAUUGAGAUUUAUGCCAAUUCCUAUGUAUGAUGCUUCUCAAGCCCUAAAAACAAACCCAGAAAAAACAGAAGAGGCUCUGCAGAAGAUAGAAAAUUAUCUUCUUCGAAAUCAUGAGACUAGAAAAUACCUUCAAGAGCAGGCCUAUCGCCUACAGCAGGGCAUCGUCACCAGCACCACUCAGCAGAUGAUUGACAGAAUAUGUGUGAAAGUACAAGACCACCUCAACUCUUUACGCAACUGUGGGGGAGAUGCUAUCCAGGAAGACUUAAAAUCAGCAGAAAGACUCAUGCGUGAUGCUAAGAACUCUAAGACGCUGUUACCAAACUUAUACCAUGUGGGUGGUGCAUCUUGGGCAGGAGCCAGUGGCUUGUUAUCCAGUCCAAUUCAGGAGACCCUGGAAUCAAUGGCUGGAGAAGUUACAAGAGUUGUGGAUGAACAACUAAAGGCUUUGCUUGAGUCCAUGGUUGAUGCUGCCGAGAACCUUUGUCCAAAUGUGAUGAAAAAAGCCCACAUCCGACAAGACCUGAUUCAUGCCAGCACUGAAAAGAUUUCCAUUCCACGUACCUUUGUUAAAAAUGUCCUGUUGGAGCAGUCCGGAAUUGAUAUCCUUAACAAAAUUAGUGAGGUGAAGUUGACAGUGGCCUCCUUCCUGUCUGACCGAAUCGUGGAUGAAAUCCUGGAUGCACUCUCCCAUUGCCAUCAUAAACUGGCUGACCAUUUUAGCAGGCGUGGCAAGACCCUUCCUCAACAAGAGUCCUUUGAGAUUGAGUUGGCUGAAGAGAAGCCAGUUAAACGCUCCAUUAUAACUGUGGAGGAUCUGACAGAGAUAGAGCGUUUAGAAGACCUGGAUACUUGUAUGAUGACUCCUAAAUCCAAAAGGAAGAGUAUCCAUAGCCGAAUGCUGCGGCCUGUUUCCAGAGCCUUUGAAAUGGAGUUUGAUCUGGAUAAAGCACUGGAAGAGGUGCCAAUUCACAUUGAAGACCCGCCCUUCCCAUCCAUCAGACAGGAGAAGCGGAGCUCAGGGUUCAUCUCAGAACUACCCUCCGAGGAAGGGAAGAAGCUGGAGCACUUUACCAAGUUAAGGCCAAAACGGAAUAAGAAGCAGCAACCCACCCAAGCCACGGUCUGCGCUGCCAACGUAGUCUCCCAAGAUGGUGAACAGAAUGGUCUGCUCGGGAGAGUUGAUGAAGGUGUAGAUGAGUUUUUUACAAAGAAGGUGACCAAAAUGGAUGCUAAGAGAUCCUCCACAAGAGGAUUCGAGUCCCAUGAGCUUGGUGAAGGAGAUGAAAAGAAAAAGCGUGAUUCUCGUAAAAGUGGCUUUCUCAAUUUAAUAAAGUCUCGAUCCAAAUCCGAACGGCCACCAACUGUCCUGAUGAGUGAAGAGCCGUCAUCACCUAAAGGUGCAGGCAAAGGUCCAGCUGCAGACACGCCCAGGAAGGAAGUGAAGCCAGCUGAGCACAAUGGCAAUUCUGAGAGGAUAGAGGAGAUCAAAACGCCUGACUCCCUUGAAGAGUGUCAAGUGGAAGAAAUGGGGAAGAUAGAACGAAGUGACAGCAAGAGCAGCCCCCAGGGUGGGCGAAGGUAUGGAGUCCAAGUGAUGGGCAGUGGCCUACUGGCUGAGAUGAAAGCUAAACAGGAAUGGAGAGCUGCUUGUGCACAGAAGAGGCUUGGGAAUGAGUCUAUCUCUCUGGAUUCUCCUGGUCCAUCCCUGAGCAACAUGGAACGGUUGGAUGGAAGUGGAGCAGUAUUGAAACUGCACUCAGUUGUCACAGAAAAUCGCUUCAGUCUGGGGACACCAGAAAAGAAUGCCAAAGCAGAACCCAAAGUGGAUGUGGGCUCCAGGUCUCGAAGCUCUUCCAGCACAGCUAACAGCCCAAAGCCCCUCCUCCAGUCUCCCAAGCCCAGCCUAGCAGCCCGGCCGAGCAUCCCGCAGAAGCCAAGGACUGCCUCACGGCCAGAAGACAUCCCAGACUCUCCAUCUGGUCCUAGUUCCCCUAAAGUGGCUCUUCUUCCACCCAUCCUGAAAAAAGUUCCCUCAGAAAAGGAGCGAGACAGCCAGGGCAGCCCUCAGCCUAGUCCUCGGACAUUUUCCCAAGAAGUUCCAAGGAGGAGCUGGGGCCAGCAGACCUAUGAGUAUCAGGAACAUAAGCAACAGUUCUCCAGCAAAGAUGGGCGUCAAGGCAGCAAGUCCAGUGACUCUGGAGAAGAAGCUGAAAAAGAAUUUAUUUUUGUGUAA